AUGAGCCUAAAGGAGGUCUUCACCUUCCGCAGGGUCUGCGCUUCUGUAAUCGCCGUCAAUGGGAUCUAUAUGUAUGCUCAAUAUCGUAGGCUGGUACUAUGGCGUCCUGAGUACAAGGAUGCUGGUCGCCCUGAAGAGAAGCAUAGAAUUGCCAUAUUUGACAAUAUCGCACCCACUUAUGACUUAACACACAAUAUAACCCAUGCGAAACUAGGCAUAACCGCUGCCAAGGCAAAUAUGCUGGAACGCGCUAAGGGACAUGUUCUCGACGUAGCCGCAGGUACAUUGGAAAACUACAGGCUGUACAGGGGGAUAUCUAGCCUCACAGCAGUAGACAAAAGUGUGAUGAUGUGUCUAGAGAUGAAACGUAAAAUCGAGGCUGCAAAACCCGAUUACCCAGUGACUAUUGUAUGUGCGGAUGCAUCAAACCUGCCUUUCAACGAUGAAAGCUUCAACACCGUAGUGACGACCCAUGGACUCUGCUCAGUCGAAAACCCCGAAGCUUGUCUACACGAGAUUGCGAGGGUUAUGAGACCAAGAGCACGAUAUUUUGCGUUGGAACGUGGCCGAGUGUACUAUAGUUCUCUGCGCCGAUUGCUAGAAUGGCUCAAACUGUAUCCUAACCCCGCGAUCCCGUGGAAGUACGGUUAUUUCGAAGACCGUGAUCCUCUGGCACUCUUGACAGGAUGCAGUAGCCUAGUAGUGACGGACUUCGCCGUCUUUGGGUAUGGCAUGAACUACUCCAUAGUGGCCAGGCGGGCAUACAGCGAAAAGGUUUCGGAAUUUACAAACGAACCUCGUUUACACAUCGAUGCAAAGAUCAUAUACCAAUAUACACCAAAGAACGAUUGA